CGCCCAGUCAGUCGUGUUCCAGACACUGGGCCGAAUUGGUCGACGUGUAACUCGCACCGAUCCCGAAACGGUUUACGACCCGUGUCUUCGCUUUAAUCAACAACAAGUUGAUCGAGUUGGUUUCGCUUGUGUUUGUGUGUGUGUGUAUGUGUGUGGGGAGGUGCGGGAAUUCUAUUUUCGACUCGUCACUUUCCGACAAACAAGAAAAGCGGAGGACUGCGGGAAUUGCUUUUUAGUGAUCCGACUGGAGGGAAAAAAACAACGAGGCGAAUGUCAACGAUGAUGUAAUUGGAGACUUUGAUGAUUGCAAGGAGCAGAGAGAAUGCGGACGGAUCAAUCGGGUGGUCCGCUGGAUGGAGACGAUAAAAACGGCCAGCUGGUGAUCCAUGCCGCAGUAACUGCCAAAGGGAAUAACAGCAACCACAACAUCGGACCAACGUAAACUUCUCUCUUCGUCAUCGUCGUGUUAAAAAAGAAUCUCUGCUGGGCCGACUGCGCCGCCUUUGGAUUUUUGUGUCCAGUCAGAGGGAAAUUGAGAACCGACAAAAGAGGAGAUACAAAAAACCACUUUUUUUUUUCUCCUAACGAAUAAAAUUAACGAAGAAAAAUAGAAGAUGGCGACCGUGAGCGAUCCAUCGUCCUCUUCUGCUUCAUCGACGUGGACCGAUCCCUACAAGGAAUUCGAACUGUACCUGGAAAAAGCGCACGAAGAAAUUGGCGCCGUUUUCCAUCAGCUGGAAGUGACUGCGUCGAGAGCCGCUAGGACGUCGGCGAGUCAAGUCAACGUCGUUCCGCCCCCCGUUCCCGUCCGUCGUGUCGCCGCCGCCGCUCAUCACCACCACCACGCCCCGCUACCAGCCAACAAGGCCGGCAUCCAUUACAAUCAACGCCGACGUGCUGGGCUGAGGGUCAGCGAGGACUACUACAUUGGCGACUUGGUGACGCAAGGAUUGAGCCGCCAGUCGCGGGCCAACAACCACUGGAACCGCAAGCAGCAACAGCAACAGCAUCCGCUUUUGGUCGGCGGGCGAAAUCGCUGGGAUGCGGCCGAAUUCCAGCGCAGGAUUUCCUGUCCAGGAUUUCAACACUUGGGCAAUCAGCGGUCCAGUGCCGCCAACAACGAAUUCGCCUUCCUGCUGGACCAGCAACAGCAGAAAAUCGACGCGGUCGGCUUGAUGCCGACGGCCACGGCGUCCCUCGACGUGGCCGAUGGGACGGACGUCCAGCGCAAGAAGAAGAAGCAGCAGCAGCCCAACCCGAGACGCACCUUGCGUCGCUACCUGACGGCCGAUUCGGCCCUGCAGCUGACGGACAACGGCCGCGUCGCCCGUCAACAACCCCAACAACAUCAUCAGUCGCCUUACAAUCCGCAAGCCAUUCAAGUGUGGACGACCAGCCUCAUGGCGGAAUUCAACCACAUCAUCGACGGUGAGCUGCAACGGCUGGCCAUGGCCAGCGAUCCGUGCGCCGACUCCACCUCCUCCUCCCCUGCGACGGGCAAAUUCAGCCACACCAAACGGGCAAACACUUCGUGUUCCACGUCGGUCGAGACUGGCGGCAGUGCGGUGGAACUCAGUCCGUGGGCCCGGAUGCAAUUGGCUUUGAUCGACCCCGCCGUCGUGUCGGCAAGUCUCAACGGCCUGUCCGUGCCACCGCCACCCGCCACCCGGCCUUCUACUCCGCCAGCCGCUCCCAAAUCGGACGUCGUGCAGUCGUCGAUCCAGCAGCUGUCGGCCGACAUUGAUCAAGUGGAGCGUCAAAUCUUUGACGAUCUCGACGAUUUGACAUUGACGUUGAACAAUAGCCAAUCGCCGGAAUUGCUGGCCAGUUGUUCGAGUUCCAGCGGUGAUUGUGACCACGAUGAAGAUAACGAGGACAACUGCGCUAAAGGCAAACAACGUGUCGAGGCCCCGACUAGUUCUUCCUCAACGACGGCGACCGACGAAUCCUCGCACAUUUCCAGCCCGUUGUUGAGGCCGCAGGAGCUGCAGGAUUUCUUGCGGAGGGUCGAGGACAGCAUCCGCACCAGCAACACGACGCUGGAUCGCGGCUGUUGCCAUGACGAGGAUCCUUCCAUGGAUCACCACGGCGGCUUACCAUUUCCUCUUCAAACUCCUCCAACCGCUUUAUCGGCGCCUCCCAUUUGCCAGCUGGACAACGGCGUGGACCUGCCCUUGGGUGGAAUCAUCAUCCAGUGUCUCCAGCUGCACAACAAUCACCAGGUGGCGGAUGCUGAGCAUUCAAAGGACAACCGACCCGAGUCUCCACCGACGUUCGACAACGCCGGAACUCAGACGUCGCCCAUGUCCUUGUCGCGCAGUUCCAGUUUCCUCUGGGUCUCGGAUUGCAACUGCAGCGGCAGCCUGGAAGACAACGGAAGCGUGUCCGGCAUGACGGGCAGCAAUCCGCUGGCUCUUUCGUCGGCUCCGGCUUCCGGACACGGAGGAGCUCACUCCGAGGCCGGGUCGUCGGGUGUCAGCCGCAUCGUCCACAUGGACACGUCCAUGUCUUCGCUAGUCUCUGAAUCCAGCGCCGCCGGAUGCCGUCUCAGCUCAACGGGCACUCACUGCCGAUCCGUUAGCAGGCGGAACCGAAUACUCCGCACGCCGGACAGCGGAGCAGCUCACGACGACGCCGAAGAAGAAGAUGAGGAUGACGACGACGACGACGACGACGACGAUGGAGGAAGCAGCGUGUCUCUGUCCCACUCGAUGGAUUGCGGCGGAAUGGGCGGCGGAGUCGAAUCGGGAAUCGGGACGGGUUCGCCACCGCCUCGGGACAGACGCAAGAGACCCAUCGCCGUUGGCGACCGGCCUGAAGUGAGCGUGCAGACGAUGCCAAUGAGUCAACCGGAAUCGGAUGAAUCGUCGGAUUUGGCUGUUGGCGACGACGACGACGAAGUGUCGCCUUUGGAUUCGUCCGAUUCGUCAUCGACGGAUUCGUCACUGUCGGACGGGGAGGAAGGAGAGGACGAGGACGCCGCCCUGGCCGCUGCCGACGCCAAGAAAAGGGAGAAAGUGCGACGUCGCGAAACGUGGGAGAAGAUCCGGCGGAGGCAUUCUUGCAAGCGGACCCAUUCGCGGACGAUGCGCGUCGUCGGCAGCGUCAAAGAAAAGCCGGAAGUGGUGUGGAUCCGUCGCGGGCAAAGUGAAACCCCCCCGCCGCCUUCGGUGCCUCCACUCCACGCCACAGUUCCGGUCGGAUCGGCUCCCAUGUUGACGACGCUCACCGACGCCGUCGCCAUGCUGCCGCUGCUGGAGCCGCCCAAAGUCCUUCACAAACCUCCGGUCGUCGUCAUCCAGUCGGUGACGCCUCGACCCAAACCGCGUCCUCUCCUUUUCAAAUUUCCCGGGUCGGAUUCGGUGGCGACGACGACGCCGACGUCAGCCGCUGGCACGCCAUCCGAAUCGACGCCGACGGCAGUCAAAUUGGCGCUUCAAUCCGUUUUGGCCAUGGAAUUGUCUCCUUCAUCCUCCUCCUCCAAUCACAACAACAACAACAACAAAUCGUCGUCGACUCCUUUUCUCAUCCCGGGAGGAGGAGGCGGCGGGGCAACAAAGAAACGCCAUCUGAAACCAAUUUCGGCCUCAUCGACGCCUACCGAGCCUUACAUCACUCUCGAGAUCGGUCUCACGGCAGCGCGCUCUCACUCGGAAUCCGCUUUCGCCGAAUUGGAAGCCACUGAAGCGUGUCGAUGGUUACGAGCCACCGGAUUUCCCCAAUACGCCCAGAUGUACGAAGAUUGGCAGUUUCCUCUUGAUCUGAACGUUGUGGAACGCGACCAUCCCUUUCUGGAUGUCGAUUCGCUUCAGGCGCUCUUCCGGCGACUAGCCACUCUCAAUCGAAUGGCCAAAUUGCGCAGCGAAAAGGCCAGAAUACGCCCUCAGGGCGGCGACGAAUCGGAGGACGAGGAUCAAGAGUGCGCACUUUCGGAUCAGUGGACCUUUCAGCGUCACUCGCGCCGCUGGUCCAGGAUUGUCGAUCUGCCAGACGAUCCCACCGGAUUGCAAGCCAUUGUGAUGGCGGCUGGAUCGGCUGCCGCCACUGCCGCCGCCAGCGCCGGCUCUUUGUCAUCCGGUGGGCAGCCCAAGACGAUCGAAGAAGACGAUCCCGAUGGCAACAGGCCGCCCGUUUCGGGAAUGACUUCGAUGGACGAAACGAGCAAUUGCAGCGACCGGACCCUGAACUGUGACCCCGUCAUUUUGGGCAGCUUCCGGCGGAGUUCCAGCGAGCGGCUGCGUCACGGGGCAAAGUCCCUUCUCAAACGGAUGGAGAGUCUCCGUUCGCGCAGUCGACGUCGCCCGGCUCUGGUCCGACCCGCCGACGGCAAUUUGGUCAUCAGCGGGCCCCAACUGGUCGACGCUUCCGGCAUGGAGGACCGCAUGAAGGAGCUCAACUGUGUCGAUCUCACUCCGCCCGACUCUUCGGCCUCGCCGACCAGCAGCACCCCGUCGCCCGACCUCAACCGCGCCACAUCGGCCAAGAUGCAGCAGCAGUUCAACAGUCAGGAGACGUCGUCCUCUUCCAUGAUCAGCAUCGGCAGUCCCACGACGAUGACGGCCAGUGCUUCGUCGACACCGACAGUGGAAGCCACGUCCAGUCCAGCCGGAAGCAUGAAAAUCAAGCGAGGCUUCUUCCAGCGGCGGAGUUUCAGGCCCUCGACUUCGUCGUCGAAAUCCAGCGGCUCGACGGCCCAGUCUGCCGGGGAAAACGAACAGAAAGAUGCCCAUUCCGACUCGGAGUGCAGUCCGAGCUAUUGGCGUCGGUCGCCCUCGUCGUCCAAAGACGCCAACAGCAACGAAACGACAACGACGACGGCCUGGAAUAGCCUGGAGCAGUCGCUGCGGUGGAAGAGCAAGAAAUCGCGCGAGCCCAUUCCGGCGGAUAUGUGGAGGGCCAGCACCGUGCCGCCCUUUUCCGACUCGACGACCUCGACGCAAAUGUCGCAGCAGCGCGGCAAAUUGUACCUCAAUUUCAGCAAACCGUCGGCUCCUUCCGGAAAGACUCCCAAUUCCGGAUCGGUAAUGUCUUCGCCUGAUGAGGAAACCCUCGAUUUGGUUUCAACGCCCGUCGUCAUCCGCCCGCUACCGGCCGAAACUCCGACGCCGUGCGGAUCGUUGCGCGACGCCGAGCGGAUGGCGGAAUCUUUUGGAAUGCAAAACGAUUCGGCCAGCACCGGAACUGGGACCAGUGGCUCUCACAUCGACAGCGAUUACAGCCCAGCGGCUCCGGGAAGAAAUCCAGUCGUGGUCCGUUGGCACAGUUUCCGGCAUUCGUCGUCAUCAACUUCGACGAUGACGUUCAAUUCACAGCCCAUCGCCAUGGGGUCACUCUCCGUCGGCCAGUUCGCUUUGCUCCGUAAAUUGGCAUUGCUAAGAUUGACGGCCCUUCUCGAACGUCACACCUCGUCCAGCAAGCCGUCUUGGGGUUGGGAUCUGCCCAAAUUUAUGCGCAAGACCAAGUCUCCUGAUUACAAAGACAAGAGCAUGUUUGGCGUUCCGCUUUCAGUUACGGUGCAGAGGACGGCCGAAGCUCUUCCAAAGCCGAUCCUGGCGGCCAUGCACUACCUCCGCCAAUCCGCCCUGGAUCAAGUCGGUCUCUUCCGCAAAUCGGGCGUCCGCUCGCGCAUUGCCAAACUGAAAGAAUUGUGUGAGGCAUGGUCUUGGGAGUGCUCCGGGCCGUCUGGUCUGGAUGGUGAGGAUCACCCGGUCGAUUUCAGUGAACACCAGCCCUACGACGUGGCCGACAUGGUCAAGCAGUACUUCCGCGAAUUGCCCGAAGCUCUUAUGACCAACAAGCUCUCGGAGACCUUUGUCACCAUUUUCCAAGUUGUUCCGGUGGCUCAGCGUUUGGACGCGUUGCGUUGCGCUCUGCUUCUCUUGCCGGACGAGCACCGUGAAGCGUUGCAGACUUUCCUGACCUUCCUGACGGAUGUUGCCGCCUUGGCUUCCAUCAAUCAGAUGACGCCCAGCAAUUUGGCUGUUUGCCUGGCGCCAUCGCUCUUCCACUUGCCGGCCACUUCAGCUUCUUCUUCCUCUUCCUCGCACAACCGGUCCGGCGUCAGCAAUACCAGCAACGGCCCAAUGAGCGUCGGGCCGGGCGGAGUAGUUCAAUCCGGAAACGGCAACAUCAUUGGAAGUAGUAGCGGCGGCAGCGCUUCAUCUCCCAGGCGUCGCAAGACGGUCGGCGUUCCCGAUCAAAGAGAACUGAGUCAAAACAAAGCGGCCCAUGAAUGCCUCCUCCAGAUGAUCAACGAUUUCCGACAUCUCUUCACCGUUCCGGAUGAUAUAUUCCGCCAGUGCCGAUGUAAUUACCUGGAAGACAGCGUGCCCGUCACGCUGGAAGAUCUCCGCACUGUCGAGUUUGGAGAUUGGCAGGCGUACAUGAACGGAUGCAUGGCCGCUCUCCUCAAAGAGACCAAAGAAAAAUCGCGAGGUUGGGAAUCGAGCAGCAACGACGUCCGUGUCGACGUCGCCUGGAAGAAAGUGGGCGACGGUCACGCUUUGAGACUCUGGAGGGUGUCGACUGAGAUUGAAGCGCCACCUGGCGAGUUGCUCAAUCGAGUCCUCCGCGAACGGCACCUGUGGGACACGUCGAUGGUCAAAUGGCGUUGCGUCGUCCGUUUGGACAAAAAGUCGGACGUUUUCCACUACACGACAACGUCGGAAGUUCCGCCCGUAUCUCGGGACGUGACUCUACUGCGUUCGUGGCGCACCGACCUCCCCCGAGGCGCUUGUCUCGUAGCCGAGAUGAGCAUCGAUCAUUCCGACACGCCCGUCACUUCCGGUACGGUUCGCAGCAUCGUCUUGGCUUCACGCUACCUGAUUCAACCGUGUGGUGCAGGCAAAUGCCGCCUCGUCCAUCUCUCUCGUGUCGAUAUCAUGGGCCGAUCGCCAGACUGGUACAACAAACAUUACGGUCAUGUGACCGCCCUGCGAAUGGCCAGAAUUCGCGAUUCGUUUUCACAACACCUGGUCACAGACGGGCCCGAAAGUAAAGUCUAAGAAAACGACUGACAUUGUCUACCAAUUCCGGGAAUCGCACCAAAUGAAAAGGGAAACUUAUUACACCACCACGUUUCCCAAUCCCGGCAUUUGUGGAAUUUGUCACAGAAAACAACACAAACAAAACACAUUGGCAUUUUUUUUGUCUUUUUUUUUGUUUUGUUUUUUGUUUUUUACGGUAAACGUGAGCGUCCGACACAUGGCACGAAAUCGUGUGAAAGGCGACCCCGUUUUGUAUGUUAUUUUAAAAAAUCCACCGGACAUGCGAGCAGCUUUUUGACCAAACAUGCACAAUUGUAUGUACUACCCCCCGAAACUAUUUCUUACUCCCCAGGCUCGAAAAAACAGCAAAAGAAGCGUCGCACAUUAUUUUUUAUGUAUAACCUAGUCAUGCCGCGCAAUUCCCCCCUCGUUUCGAUUCUCUUUUUAACACUCACUAACCGAGACACACAACAAACAAGUUCAUCACCGUUUAUCUUAUCAGAAAUUUUGUAAAAUUCUUUUUUUUUAAUGUGUAUUGUUUUUUUUUAAUUAUUAUUAUUAUUAGAAAACUAGCUCCCGUAUCUGUGAUUUUUACCUUCUUAGCUCUGCCACCGUUUUUAUGGUUUAUCGCCGCAUACAAAUCCUCCUUUCCCCCCCUCAAAUGAAUUUUCUUUUUAAUUUGGGUUGUUGAGAGAACCGUUCGCAGUAAAUCAGAGCUGAUUUACGAUCUGGAUUUAUAAACGUGCAUAAUAAUGUCUCUUUGUUUGUUGUGUAAAAAGUGAAAAUGGUUUCACUACCAAUUUGUCGAGGGCUUACCAAAUUGAUCCACACAUAACACACACAUAUAUAAAUACAGGCACAUAUAUUGCGUGUACAGUUUGUCGAAAUGAGUAAAAAAAAAAUAUUAUUUGUGCUGUCCCUAAUAAAGUGUCUAGCAAUCAA